AUGGUAAAGAAAAAAAUUGAUAACCGUAUAAGAGUUUUAAUAGAAAAUGGAGUUAAACUUGGGCAUCGCACCAUGUUUUUACUUGUUGGCGACAAAAGUAGAGAUCAGGUGCCAAUAUUGUAUGAUAUGCUCGUAAAAUCAACAGUAAAGUCCAGGCCGACAGUGUUAUGGUGUUACAAAAAUAAAGAUGAGGCUAUUAGCAAUCAUGGCCGUAAGAGAGCUAAGAAGAUUGCGGCGGGCAAAUUAGAAGUAUCAGAGGAAUGUUUGUUUGAUGCGUUCAGAGUAGCUACAACGAUUCAUGGCCGGUACUAUUCAGAAAGUCACACCAUGCUCGGUCAAACAUAUGGAGUGUGUGUGCUGCAGGAUUUUGAAGCCUUGACACCAAAUUUGAUGGCUCGUACUAUAGAAACAGUUGAAGGUGGUGGACUUAUUAUAUUUCUGUUGAAAACUAUGAAUUCAUUAAGACAGCUGCAUUCAAUAACAAUGGAUGUUCAUUCUAGGUUUAAGACGGAGGCCUAUGAUACUGUAGUGAAUCGUUUCAAUGAACGUUUCUUAUUGUCCCUGGCUGAUAAUCCUCGGUGUCUAGUGUUGGAUGACUCGUUGACAGUACUUCCUAUAUCAUCGAGGACUGCCCAAGUUGAACCUGUUGAUGUUGUUCCGGAGUCUAUUGAUAGGAUUAUUCUUUAUCUGUGA